CCUCUGAUUGGUUCGUGUGACGGGACCAUUAACAUCUGAUCUGACAUAUCAACAAAAACAACAAAAACAACAGGAGGUAAACGCCGCCCCGAUUACUACGCUUAAUGACAGCCUAACACAUAUAAGCAGCGUUUAUUGCAGAACAAUUACAGAAGAGACUGGAAAGUGUCCGCCUGACUGCUGCUCUCCUGCUCUCUCCAGCCUCAGCUGACUGACAUGGCGCAGAACCUCGCCACGAAGUUGUUUCGACCCACUGUGUUCGUACAGUUUGCGUCUCUCCGGUCGGGCUGCGUGUUUCGGGGGGCGGCGGCGGGCAGACAUUACUCCAGCCACCCGCCACCGGAGAAAAUCAGCCGCUUCCCACUUCCUUACAAGAAAGACCUUCCUUAUGAUAUAGUGGAGCUCAUGGAGGAAGUUGAGUCAAAGGGAGGCUUUUUGCCCAAUGUCUUCAAAGUCCUCUCUCAUAGACCUGCAGAGUUCAGAGCCUUCUUCGCUUACUACAAUGAACUCAUGAACAAAGAGACAGGCCGAUUAACCAAGGCAGAUCGUGAAUUGAUUGUAGUGGCUACCAGUAUCCACAACAAGUGUCUUUACUGUGUGGUAUCCCACAGUGCACUGCACCGCAUCUACUCCAAGAAACCCACUCUUUCUGAUCAGGUCGCUGUUAACUAUGAGAAUGCAGAUCUGUCACCUCGGGAGCGUGCCAUGCUGGACUUUGCAAUGGCCGUGUGUCGCUGCGACACCAUUACAGAGCAGCAUUUCCAGUCGUUGGAGGAGGUGGGCUUUGACCGUGAGGAUGCCUGGGACAUCGCUGCCAUUGCUGCCUUCUUUGCCAUGUCCAACCGGCUCGCCCACCUCACAGACAUGAGGCCAAACUUAGAAUUUUACAAUAUGGGUCGUGUACCACGGGACAAGAGCAAGGACGGAGGGCAGGUGAAAAAGGAAUAGUGUUAUAGACCACACUUUUCCUUUGUAUAUAAGGAGGUCCAAGGCCAUGUGUUACACUAAAGCUAAUGGUGUGUCAGUUCUGUUUUUUAUUUUUGUCUCCCUGAUCAUGUGAACAAUCAGAUGUUUUCUAAAUUAAGUUGAAAUCAGGUGCAAUAUCAGAUCUACAGGUAUGCAACUGGACAGCAAUUCAAUUUGAAUGUUAGAAUUAGUCGGUGUCCUGUGAUCAUAAUUUAGGUUGCAUACAGGAGAUGACAGACAUUUAAAAUUGUAGUCCCUAAAACUGAGAAUAUGGUGAAGAUAAGUUUUCCUUAUAAUCCUUGUUUGUGCAACUGUACAGUAUAUGUGAAUGACAGAAGACUUUAGGUUGUAAGAUGUGUACUUUCUUGUGUUGGUUGUUUGGACAGACAUGGUUUUAUUGGUAACUUAUUUACCAUUGUGUUUAACUGUAGUCAUUAUGUCUGCUUAUUUACCUUCACAUUUAGAAUUUUAGGUGGUUAUGUUUCUUGUAUGGUGGGGAAAAGUUAAUAUUUUGCAGCUAGUUGUCCACUAGAUUAAAUUUAACGACACAAUUCCAUAGCUGUUUUUUAACUUCAACAAAUAAGGUUCGUUUGUUAUUUCUUUGUUCACCAGUUAAAAGUGUUCUGUGUUGUAUAAUGCACUGGUACGGUCUCUGCCACCAAGCGUGCAAACAAGUCACUGACAUUGUUCGCAGCAAUGUAAGCUUGUGUUCUAAAGAGCCUCCCUUUAUCUUCUAAAUAAACCAGUAUUUCUUUUGAUUUGGAA